ACCAUGAAGACACUGUGGAAGGUGCUCCUGGGACUGCUGGGGCUUGCUGCGCUCAUCACCAUCAUCACCGUGCCGGUGGUUCUGCUGAACAAAGGCAAUGAUGCUGCAGCUGACAGUCGCAGAACUUACACUCUAACUGAUUAUUUAAAAAAUACUUUUAGGGUGAAAUUCUACUCCUUGCGGUGGGUUUCAGAUCACGAUUAUCUCUACAAACAAGAUAAUAAUAUCUUGCUAUUCAAUGCUGAAUAUGGAAACAGCUCCAUUUUCUUGGAGAACAGUACAUUUGAUGAAUUUGAACAUUCCAUAAACGAUUAUUCGGUAUCUCCUGAUGGACAGUUUAUUCUCUUAGAGUACAACUAUGUGAAGCAAUGGAGACAUUCUUACACAGCUUCAUAUGACAUUUAUGAUUUAAAUAAAAGGCAGCUGAUUACAGAAGAGAAAAUUCCAAACAACACACAGUGGAUCACAUGGUCACCAGAGGGUCAUAAAUUGGCAUACGUUUGGAAAAAUGAUGUUUAUGUUAAAAAUGAACCAAAUUCAUCAAGUCAUAGGAUCACCUGGACCGGGGAAGAAAAUGCAAUAUAUAAUGGAAUAGCAGACUGGGUUUAUGAAGAGGAAAUCUUCAGUGCCUACUCUGCUCUGUGGUGGUCUCCAAAAGGCACUUUUUUAGCAUAUGCCCAAUUUAACGACACACAAGUCCCACUUAUUGAAUACUCUUUCUACUCUGAUGAGUCACUGCAGUACCCAAUGACUAUGCGGAUUCCAUAUCCAAAGGCAGGAGCUGCAAAUCCAACCGUAAAGCUCUUUGUUAUAAAAACCGACAAUCUCAACCCAAACACCAAUGCAACUUCGGUAGAAAUCACUCCUCCCGCUGCUAUGUUGACAGGGGAUUACUAUUUGUGUGAUGUAACGUGGGCAAAUGAAGAAAGAAUUUCUUUGCAAUGGCUCCGAAGGAUUCAGAACUAUUCAGUCAUGGAUAUACGUGACUAUAAUAACUCCACCGGCAAAUGGAUUUCCUCAGCGGCACAAGAACACAUUGAAAUGAGUACCACUGGCUGGGUUGGAAGAUUUAGGCCUGCGGAACCUCAUUUUACCUCUGACGGGAGGAACUUCUACAAGAUCAUCAGCAACGAAGAUGGCUACAAACACAUUUGCCGUUUCCAAAUAGAUAAGAAAGAUUGCACAUUUAUUACAAAAGGAGCUUGGGAAGUCAUCGGGAUAGAAGCUCUUACCACUGAUUACCUAUACUACAUUAGUAAUGAAUAUAAAGGAAUGCCAGGAGGAAGAAAUCUUUAUAAAAUCCAACUUAAUGACUACACGAAAGUGGCAUGCCUGAGUUGUGAGCUGAAACCAGAGAGGUGUCAGUACUAUUCUGUAUCAUUUAGUAAAGAGGCAAAGUACUAUCAACUUAGAUGUUCAGGCCCUGGUCUGCCCCUCUAUACUCUACACCGAAGUAGCAACGAUGAAGAACUGAGGGUCCUGGAAGACAAUUCAGCUUUGGAUAAAAUGCUGCAGGAGGUCCAGAUGCCCUCAAAAAAACUGGACUUCAUUAUUUUGAAUGAAACAAAAUUUUGGUAUCAGAUGAUUUUGCCUCCUCAUUUUGAUACAUCCAAGAAAUAUCCUCUCCUAAUAGACGUAUAUGCAGGCCCGUGUAGUCAAAAAGCAGACGCUAUCUUCAGACUCAACUGGGCUACUUACCUUGCAAGCACAGAAAACAUUAUCGUAGCUAGCUUUGAUGGCAGAGGAAGUGGUUACCAAGGAGAUAAGAUCAUGCACGCAGUCAACAGAAGACUGGGAACAUUUGAAGUUGAAGAUCAAAUUGAAGCAGCCAGACAAUUUUCAAAAAUGGGAUUUGUGGACGACAAACGGAUUGCAAUUUGGGGCUGGUCAUAUGGAGGGUACGUAACCUCAAUGGUCCUGGGAGCAGGCAGUGGUGUGUUCAAGUGUGGAAUAGCCGUGGCGCCUGUCUCACGGUGGGAGUAUUAUGAUUCAGUGUAUACAGAACGUUACAUGGGUUUGCCGACUCCACAAGACAACCUUGACUAUUACAAGAAUUCAACAGUCAUGAGCAGAGCUGAAAAUUUUAAACAAGUUGAGUACCUCCUUAUUCAUGGAACAGCAGAUGAUAACGUUCACUUUCAGCAGUCGGCUCAGAUCUCCAAAGCCCUGGUGGAUGCCGGAGUGGAUUUCCAAGCAAUGUGGUAUACGGACGAAGACCAUGGAAUUGCCAGCGGCCCAGCCCACCAACACAUAUACACUCACAUGAGCCACUUCAUAAAACAAUGCUUCUCUUUACCUUAGCACCUCAAACGGCUUGCCAAACCUCAUUGAAAGCCAUUUUUGUUCUGUCUCAAAGCUGCACUGUUAUGAUCGUGGAAAAAAAAAGUACACGCAAAUCGAGAAAUUCAGCGUUACUCUUGUUCCCAAAUUUCAUAUCUAUAACCCUAAGAAGGGACUUCUGUCUUCACGACAGAUUAUUACCUUCCGCAAGUUUGAAGUAUUCUGUUUCUGUUUAUUAUUUAAAAUCAUUACCACAUCAGUUGCUGAAACAAC